UCACUUGCAAACUAUAUAAAAGAACAAAACUUGCACCAAGAGUGAAAGAUCAAUAUCUACUACUCUCUUAAGUAAAAUAUAGUAUAAUAAUGGCAAAACAUUGUUCUAAAGAUUCUAGUGCAGUUACCAUCCUCUCAAAAUGCACUGUUUUCCCAGACCAAAAAUCGACCCUAGCAGACCUCAAACUUUCUAUCUCAGACCUUAACAUGAUAUGUUGCCAUUACAUCCAAAAGGGCAAUCUCUUCACAUCGCCAUCUCUCCCUUCUCAAACACUCGUCCCCCACCUUAAAACCUCUCUCUCUAAAACCCUAUCAAUCUUCCCCCCACUUGCUGGCCGUUUUGUGACCGACUCUGCCGGUCACAUCUUUAUCACAUGCAAUGACUCUGGCGUAGAUUUCAUCCAUGCCAGCGCCACGGAUCUCACUAUCACUCACCUUUUAUCACCACCUGAUGUCCAUCCAGCAUUCAAACAAUUCUUCCCAUUCCACCGCAAAAUCAACUACACUGCUCAUUUCUCACCGAUUUUAGCUGUUCAGGUAACUUCCCUCGCCGAUGGAAUCUUCAUCGGCAUCGCUGUCUCCCAUGCCGUCACCGACGGUUCCACCUUCUGGAAUUUCUUCAACACGUUUGCAGACAUUUCUAGAGGACUCACAGUCGCUAACAGAAUCCCGUAUUUCCGCCGGGAAUCGAUCCUGAUGUCGAAAGUCCCUGUCCAGUUACCGGAAGGUGAAAUCAAAGUAUCGUUCAACGCCGACGCGCCUCUCCGUGAGAGAAUUUUCACCUUCACUCGAGAAUCAAUUCAGAAGCUAAAAGCAACGGUGAAUAAGAACAUUAACCACCGUACAUCACCGGAAAAUGCUGACGUGGCUGAGAUAAUAUCAAAGAUGAAAAACGACGAUGCUCAAAUGAAAGCGGUUGCAGAAAGAGUAACUGUCGAAACGACAGAGAUUUCAUCGUUUCAAUCACUCAACGCGUUAAUGUGGCGAUGUGUUACACGCGCGAGGAAACUUGAUAGUUCUAAAACGACGACGUAUAGAAAUGCUGUGAAUGUUCGAAGCCGUUUGGAACCAAAGUUACCAGAGUAUUACUUCGGGAACGCGAUUCAAAGCAUUGCCACGUACGCAUCAGCGCGUGAAGUCGUUGAAAACGAUCUUACAUGGAGUGCGAUGCAGCUGAGUAAGAGUGUGAAGGAGUACGAUAGUGCUACAGUGAGGCGCGUCGCAGGGAAAUGGGACGUUGAGCCGAAGUGUUUUCCGAUGGGGAAUCAUGACGGUGCAACUCUUCAGAUGGGAAGUUCCCAUAGGUUUCCGAUGUAUGAGAAUGAUUUUGGAUGGGGGCGGCCGUUGGCGGUGAGGAGUGGUGGUGCGAAUAAGUUUGAUGGGAAGAUGUCGGCGUUUCCGGGGAGGAAAGGUGGUGGUGCGGUGGAUGUGGAGGUGCUUUUGGCGCCGGAGACGAUGGCAAGGCUUGAGAGUGAUGAGGAGUUCAUGGCCUAUGCUUCUUGUCAGCAGUGACACGUGGGAGAAUGUUGGAAGCGCGUAAUUGUCACCUCCUCUCCGUUGGAAUAAAACUAUACUUUGGGAACCAUUGUUACGUUGUAGUCCUUGAAAGUUAGUCUUGAUUUCAAUUACUAUAUCAUUUAUUAGUUAGUAUUAGUUGAA